GCUGGCUUGAACGACAGGAGUCGCCUCGACGAGGUCCAGGCCUGCCAGGGCGGCCUGGAGCUCCCAUCCAGGCUCCGCUCUGGCAAUCCAGGGAAUGGCCCUUCAGGCAAGCAAACGGAGGCGAUCGCAGGGCCCUUCCAGAAUCUCGCAAGCCUGUGGUUGACGUGAUCAUCCCUGCCUAUCAGCUUUCGCCGCCACCUCCGCCAAUGCUUGAGCCAUCAAGACCUAUCGGCCUUUACCAGCCAUCCAAGGCUGUGGCCUCUCCGAGAUCCCUGAACGUGCCAUCCUCGCCACGUGCCCUCGCACGCGAUCCCGGUGCUCCUCCCGGACGAGUUGAGAAUCGAGGAUGGCCGUGGUGGGACGAGGAGGUGCCUGGGCGUCACCUAUCACCUUCCAGAGGCACGGGGUCGCCCGAGCGGCAGCUUGCACCGCGGCUGCCCCUGCCACAGCGCUCUGCGCCGCCUCAUUCCCCCUCCCCGUCGCACCGGGCGUUCCUGCUGGAGGCGCAGAGCUCGGCCAUUGGUGGGCUCAGAGAGAGUCCCUUGGGCCGGAUGCCGCGCCCCGGGCCACCGGAUCUUCGGCUGAGUCCAUAUUCGGAGCGCAGCCCUCGUUUGAUAUCGGACGGCUUCUACGAGGGCCCUCUGUGGGCUCCACAGCGCGGAGAUGCCUGGGAGCUGCGAAUGCUGCGAACCGCUCUUCAGGCCAUGGUCCGACAAGCGGCCUGCGACGCCGAGGCUGAGGAUGCCAAGGCGAUGCUCGGUCCCGGCGCUGGGGCUUGCGGCCUCCCAGCCUUCUUCAGAUGCCUCGAUCCCCUGGACAAGGGCCAUGUUCUGGAUACCGACCUCUUGGAGUUGGUGAAGGAGCACGAGGCGCCCGUCUCCUACGCCAGCCUCUGCUCUCUGGUCCACGAGGCAAAUCUACGGCGCGGAGGGCGUCCGCUUGGCUAUCUCACGUUCCGGGACCUCGGAAAGCUGAUCUAUCCUCUGCAGUCCAAGGAGCACAAGGCCAUGUGCGAUUCUGCCACCGACGACGAAGCCAAGUCGAUCCUUUACCUGCUGCAGUUUUCAGAGCCAUGCCCACGCUGUGGUUUCCGAAUUCAGAGAGACUCGGAGUCGUCGGCGUGCCCGAACGUGGUUUGCAGCAACUGCGGAGCCGCUUUCAGGUGCUUCGUCGUGGCAAGGCCAUUCCUGGACGCGCCCAAAGCAACCGCUGCAGAUCGUUACACGCUCUGCAGACUGGUGGCGGCCGUGGCCCGCACG